GUUGUUCCUUAAAGGAAGACUACAAAUCUGAGUAAGGUUGAGUAAGUUUAUUCAAAUUAAUGUGGCUAGAGUAACUUGAUGCAUUUGUAUUGAUUUUGGUAUUACGAAUGGUGUACUUUCAGUUAAAAAAACAAAACUUGAAUUGUUUUGAAGCAUUUCAACAGCGGGUUUUGGUAGCUGUUUCCGUGUUCAACCCGGAGGCGAACGAAAGUGACCCAGAGGCUGUACUCGCCGCCGGCGAGCCGCUAGACAAAACCCUCGGCCACUCCUUCUGCUAUGUUAGGUCUUCAGCUCAGUUCGUCUCUCUUCCCCACUCAGAUCGGCUUGUCUCGCCGUCACAGUCGCUCCAAUUUGAGGAGACGGUUCCUCUAAUCCCUAGACCGGCGGGGAUCAAGGAGACAGGUUUCCGGGCAAUUUCAGGGGCGUCUGUGAGUGCCAACACUUCCACUCCCAGAACUAUCCUGCAACUUGACAAUCUUUGCCACGACGCCACUUGUGCUGCUGAUGGUAGGGUUGUUGGCUUUUCUGGCGCUGCAGGAGUUAAGGGCAGUGUGGUGGACGGUUUUGAGAACACUUUUUCGUUUUGUGCUCUGACUCUUCAGCCAGUUCCUCGAGGGGGAAGUGGCUAUUUGUCGAGAGGGGAAGAGGAGGGGUAUUCUGGGAAUCCGGAAGGCCUUCUACAGGAAUUUCUCCCACAAGAAGAGGCAUGGGUUUUCCAUGUUUGGAAUUUCGCUGGACGCGAAUCUGAAAAGAGCCAUGGGAGUAAUGUUCAGUGGGCAUUAGGGAAAGCUGGUGAGGAUCAGGUUCAUGUGGUUGUAUCUCAAGAACAUGGAUGGCUAUUUGUUGGUAUAUAUGAUGGGUUUAAUGGGCCAGAUGCCCUUGAAUUCUUAAUCGGUUCUGCAGCGAGCAGUUUGCUGUCAAGGUUGAAACGCGGAUGGUUGACUAAACACAUAGGGAGCGAGAAACUGUUCCCCCGGAGAUUUGGGUUGCAAGUGACUGAACUUGGCUACUUGGAUAUGAAUGAUAAGGUUCUUAACUGGUACCCGGAGCUUGCACUGAUGGGUUCUUGUUUAUUGGUGGUUUUGAUGAGGGAUGAAGAUGUGUAUGUGAUGAAUGUUGGAGACAGUAGGGCAAUUGUUGCACAGUCUGACUCCAAAGAGCUUAUUUCUAGCUCAGUGUCAAGGGGUCCAUGUGAUGAAGGGUUGACUGGGGAGGAAAUUAGUGAAGAGUCAACAGCCAGCAAUGUGAAAGAUUCACUGAUGCUAACUCUUGGCAUGUUGGAUUUUGAUUAUGCACUGAGAGAGCCUGCCCCUCCUGCCCUCACUGAUAAAAGUACUGCUGAAGAUAAAAUAGUACAUGAGAGAUGGGAGAGGUGCAACAGAAUGGCUCUUAUGCUCAUUAAAAAUUCCAUCAGCAUAAUCAUCAGGGGAGCUAUUCCAGAUUCAUCUAAUGCUAAAACAUAUCUGGCUUCCGUGGAGGAACAAUUCAAAGCAACUUCUAAGGCACAUGCUAGUACUCUUAUUUUGAAGAUGGUGACUACAAAAUAUGACGGGAAUAGCGGCAUUCGUGAGCACAUCAUGAUGAUGAACGACAUGGCCCGUAAGCUCNAUUUUUCUUCAUGGAAAGAUUCACUGAUGCUAACUCUUGGCAUGUUGGAUUUUGAUUAUGCACUGAGAGAGCCUGCCCCUCCUGCCCUCACUGAUAAAAGUACUGCUGAAGAUAAAAUAGUACAUGAGAGAUGGGAGAGGUGCAACAGAAUGGCUCUUAUGCUCAUUAAAAAUUCCAUCAGCAUAAUCAUCAGGGGAGCUAUUCCAGAUUCAUCUAAUGCUAAAACAUAUCUGGCUUCCGUGGAGGAACAAUUCAAAGCAACUUCUAAGGCACAUGCUAGUACUCUUAUUUUGAAGAUGGUGACUACAAAAUAUGACGGGAAUAGCGGCAUUCGUGAGCACAUCAUGAUGAUGAACGACAUAGCCCGUCAACUACAACACCAGAAGGUCAAGUGGUCGAUGAAUGAGUUGAUUGCUAUGUGUGUACAAGAAGAAGAGCGUCUGAAGCUGGACAAACCUGAUGUGGCUUACCUCAUGACCUCUAAUCAAAAGAAGAGGAAGGGCAAUGUCGAUAAGAAGGAUGUUUCUAAAGUCCAGAAACGUGAUGCAAGUGCUUCUUCCAACUCUAAGAACUCCAAAGGGAAGUGUUACUGUAAGUUCUGCCGCAAGGAAGGACAUAGACAGAAAGACUGUCAAGACUUUAAGGAGUGGCUGACGAAGAAAGGGAUUCCUUACAAUCCAUAAGCUGGAAAGAAACCGAAGAACACUUAAGCUGGGGAAUGGAACAGAACUAGCUGUCGAAGCCAUGGGAACCUUAGAAUUAAUAAUGAAAACUGGUUUAUGUA